AUGAAAGUGGCCUUGACUUUCGGCUUUAUUCGCUGCAAGGUGAGUGGAUGCAAGCUGGGCUCCUUCUGCCGAGGUAUGGAGAAUGUUCCCCAUUUAUUCAGCGGCUACAUCCUGGGCGCCGCUUGCUUCCGCAGUGUUUCCUUCGAGGCGCAAAAUCCCAGCAAGAGUAAGCAUUAUAACCCCAUGGAAGAGAUAGCCGCAGUCGUUAGACAGGCGUUGGAUAACUUGGAUACCAGCUACUUGGUCCUAGUCACGACUUCGCGAACUUUGCCGUUUCUGGAAUUCUUAAUCAGUGGGGAAACAGGGUACAGGUUGAUACACAACUGGCGAUUCAGCGCGGACGUGGCUUCGGAUGUCAUAAUCUGGGACAAUAAAGAGGAUAACUGCAUGGGUCAUGAAUUCCACAUUGUGGCCCUUAAAUACGCCCCAUACAUGGACUACUCACGUGAUAGCGAACAUCCGGGCUCUCUGCUGCAACCGCUGGACUCGCUCGAUUACAGGAUCCUUCGGACAUUAGCUCAAGUUCUCAACUUUACCUAUUCGAUCCGAGAGCCAUUGGACGGGCAGUGGGGCGUCCCCAAGGAAAACGGGAACUGGACAGGCAUAGUCGGGACGCUGCAGCACGAAAUGGCCGACUUUUCGCUCGACCUGACUCCCACUGACGACAGAGCUCAAGUGAUAGAGUUCUCGAGGGUCUACAUCACGGAACCAAUGAUCAUCGUUUCGGCAAAGCCGAGGCCCCUUCCGAACUACCUGUCGCUCGUCAGACCGUUUCCUGUAAUGAUCUGGGUCCUACUGAUACUUAGUGUCGUCGGCAACGGAGUAAUGAUGUGGCUACUGCAGAGAGGAAGUGCGUCUCAUAACAGCGGGAACAGCCUUCAAAUCAGCUUCGCCCUUCUGUACAGCUGGGGCGCCGUGGUGGAGUGUCCACCUGGCGACACGCCCAAGGGUUCCUCGGGACGGAUCGUGGUAGCGGCAUGGCUCACGUACUGCCUGGUCAUGGCCACCGCCUACCGCUCGUCCCUCGUGGCUCACCUCACCGUCCAGGCCAAGUCGGCGGCCAUCAACGCCUUCGAAGACCUCCUUGAUAAUCCCGGCUGGUCGUGGGGCAUCAUGGACGACGGGGGAGCCAUCAGUUCGCUCAUGAUGUCCAGCUCUGACCCUUUGUUCAGGGAGCUCGGGGCGAGGAUGGAGCUGCACGACGUUCAAAGAAGUAUGGACCAAGUUCUUUCAACGCAAUACGGGUUUAUUGUCUCCAAGUUCUUCGCGGUCGACAUCAUCGCCAGGAACUACUCCGACAGGUUCGGCAACACCAACGCCUACAUCAGCCGCACAGAAUACAAUCUCUUCUCUGGACUCGGCUGGGGCCUCAGGAAAGGAAACCCGCUAAAGAGCCACAUGGACAGACUGAAGCAGCUCCUUGUGGAAGCAGGUCUCGUGAACUACUGGAUGAAGGAGGUCCUGCGAGAGAACUCCAGGAAGGCCUCUGCCAGGAACGACUUGGUGCAGUCGAGGGACAACCGGCUGGUGCUGCGCGUCGAGCACCUCCAGGGCGCCUUUCUCCUGCUGCUCGUGGGCCUCGCCGUGUCCUGCCUCACGUUCGUCGCUGAGGUCCUCCGUCACCGAGCCCUGGCCUCCUCGUGA